CCGAAGCGAAAGCGAAACACCACUCCCCUUCGUACGUGUUUUGAUUGCGCUUUGAAGGCGGCGGUGUGAUGUUUUCCCGUUUUAAAGAAACUUAAUUCAAUUUUUUACCAACAAAACCAUUUCGGAUUCCAGUGAAAUUAGUGUAUAAUUGUGGACUGGCGGUCCCGGCGUAUCGGUGAAAUAGUUGUUACCCGUGAAAUGUGUUAUCUAGUGUGUGGUGAUGAUUUUUCAUGCUUCGGGCCAAAGAUCAUCUCGUGAGCCUCGAGAAAAAAAAGUAGAAGAAAAUUUUUGCUGGCAGCAGCAUCACCAUCAGCAGCAGUAGCAGUGGCCGCAGCCGCACCAGAAACGAUCGAGAAGAGAGGCGAAGAGCCUGCUUACAACAAAACAGACCAUUUUCGGAAGAAAAGGUGAACAGCAAAAUCACCUAUGAUGAUUGGACACUAAACCAUAUUCUUUGAACAGUGUACAACAGAGAAGAUAAGUAAACAGCAGCCGACUGCAGCAAAACAAUUACCUGAUAAGGGGGCAGUCUAACUUGAGCACACAACGCCUUCGGAAUGGCAAACUUGACGGAAGGUGACCAGAGUUUAUGCAACGCCACCCACAGCCCGGGUGGUACAGGUACAGGCGCUACGGUAACGGCUACUACACCGGGAACCACCACAACGGGGGUCUCAUCGGCGGGAGGUACAUCGUCUAUUCUGACAGCGGGCAGCGGCAGUGUGUGGGCGGAGUUCUGCGAGCGACAUGCUCGCGCCGCCUCGGCCGACUUUGCUCGGUCGUGCGUGAACUACGUUACCAAUAAUUUGCCCGAAUCGGCUCGACAGACCGUUUCGCAUCGGGACUUUAUGCGGCGGUUCAUUGAGUGCUUCCAGGAGCACUUUGAGCAUGACUUCUACCGAAGACGAAUGCAGAAUAAGACCGGAAAUGGCACGGCAACGGUACCGGAGGAAAGCGAUUACUCCGAGGAUACGGAUUCGCCCAAAACCAACCACAAACCAUUCUUCCGACGAUUAUCGUUCAAAGGUUUACGCAAGGGAAAGGUAAUCCAUGCACUAUUCCACAAACAGCACUCCGAUGAAGUAGAACUAUCGGGCAGCCGGGUGAAUAAAACCAAACUUUCCAAGAUAGUGGUCGAGUGUCGGAAGGAAGGCACGGUCAAUUAUCUGACACCGGAGAGCCUCGAACAGCCCAGUAAUUCGCACAAAUGGGAAAAGUGCAAACUCGUCCUGGUGAAAACCGUCGGCGGUUACAUGCUCGAGUUUUACUCCCCGCCAAAAUCGCAGAAGCCCCGCAGCGGCGUAUUCUGCUUUCUGAUUACGGAAGCACGCGAAACGACUGCCCUUGAGAUGCCCGACCACGAAAAUACGUUCGUGCUAAAGGCGGACAACAAUAUGGAGUACGUGAUCGAGGCACGGGACACCGACGAUAUGCGAAGCUGGCUGGCGACGAUACGCUACUGUAUGCGUAGUACUCCAACGUCGCAGCUGCCGCCGAUUUCGGACAUGAACGCGACAACUCUGAACACGUCUAUAUCGCUCGGUGUCGGUGGUGGUCCCGGAGGAGGAGGCACUACCACCGGUGGCGGUGGUGGAAUGUCUCUCAAUUUGAAUACAUGCAUGGUGCAUGAUUUGAACAAUCUUAAUUUGAACCAGUCCUCGUUGAACGCAGUGCCAACGAUGAUGGCCCCGGAGCUACCGCCCCGGCGUCCGGAUGAUAGAAUAUCAUCUUCGUCGAAUUUUGAGCUGACCGAAGGUGAUCUGGACCAGGCGCACGAGACUGACACCGACCUGACGGCAAUGAUGCGCGAGUAUCCCUGGUUCCACGGCACGUUGGCACGGUCUGAAGCUGCACAGCUGGUGCUGCACAACGGUGCCUCUAGUCACGGUGUGUUCCUAGUACGGCAAAGUGAAACCCGUAAGGGCGAGUUUGUGCUAACCUUCAACUUCCAAGGCAAAGCAAAACAUCUACGAAUGACCCUGAAUGAUUUGGGUCAGUGCCGGGUGCAGCAUCUGUGGUUCCCGUCAAUCACCGAAAUGUUGGAACACUUUCGGCAACAUCCCAUUCCGCUGGAGUCCGGUGGAACGGCUGAUGUGACGUUGACAAACUUUGUAGUGCUUCCGUCACAUGCGAUGGCCACCACGCAGUCCAACAGUAACAACUACUCCACAACAACCAUCGGAGGAGGUGGUGGAGGCGGAGGAGGAGGAGGAGGCGUCAACACAGGAGGAACUGGUACCGGAACCAGCACCAAUCCCAACACCAGCCCGCGACAUCCCUUGCAAGUGAUCACUAUGAAUGGAAGCGUACGUAUUAAAACGUGCGACCUGGAACUUUCGCAGCAGACUGUCUCGGCACACGAGAUGCCUGGCGGACAGACCGGGACAGUAACUGGCCAAGGGACGAUGUCUAACGCAGCACAGCAAGUACCACCGUCCGCAGCGAACAGUGAAGAUGGCCAACGGGCCGUGGAUAAUCAGUACAGCUAUGUUUGAAGCUGGACGGCUUGGUGUGAUACCUGAAACACGCAUAAUUGUGACGUUGGAAUUGAAUACUGAGGAAACGAGUUUUUUGCGGGUUAGCUCCGGUAGUAGAUUGUUUUUUAUAAUAACACAAACUUGUACGUGCAUAUGGAAUUUUAAGAAACAUUAGCUCAGAGAUUACAAAAAAUUUCAGGAAGAAAAUAAGUUUAGAAACCAGAACAGACAUGUGUUCAAAGUUAGAACAGAGACAGCUUCUCUUGUGUGUAAAUAUUAGCGCUUUGUAAUUGAACACAAUUUAUUCCACAUAUUUACAGCUUGGAACCAACCAAACAAGUAGUUGAAAACUGCUAUGCAUAAUUAACCGAAUGAUCAAAUUCGGAUAAUGCUAACUGGAGGUCAUACAAUAUUAAUUUCUAAUUACUUGUUACCAGAUUGUUUAAUGUCAUAGUUAGAGUUGUGUUCAAGUGAAGCAGGCACCUUGCUUUUCGACGAUUUAGCCAAAAUUAUUAAUCAUGUUUGGCAGAUAGCACUCACCGUUCAUUAAACACACUGUUGAACCCAUCUUACCAAACAUUCAAAAGAAGAAAAAAAAACAAAUACUAAAUUCAUACGGUUAUUAACAACUAAAACUUGAAACUAUUACAAACAACUGUCAUUGUCAAAAACAAUUCAGCAAAUCGUGUGCAUAAUGAUCAAUUCAAAACAAGCGUUCGUCUUUAUAUUAGGCAACAAACAACGUGAAAUAAAUGUUAAGGACAUAAAUACAAAUGCGCGAAAAAUUGGCAACGACAAAAUAAAACCAUAUUAAUGCAUGAAAUGCAACGCUACUAUGCAUGUAACGUGUAACAAAGUGAACAGUAAAAUUCAUAGAUGAAAUAAUAAAUUUA